GCGCUUUCCCCACGAACGCUAGAACCCUCUGGUUCUCGGGCACGAGCACGCCCAGCCGUCUCCUCCCUCACACAGGGAUUAUGCGCGCGGAUACCCGGCUCCUCCCACACACAAAUACCCAUCGCGGGAGCGCGCCCAGGUCAGGUGACCCCCCCCCCUGCCAGCCCGCAGGAUGGUGCCUGGAGAAGAUGGCGGAUACCGAGGAGCUGCGGGUGAGAGCUGUGUGCCAUGCAGGAGGAGGAGGGGAUAAUCAUAGUGUUAUUACAGUCCCCGUCAGCAAAUAGGGAUCCAAUCACACAGUUAUACAUCUACAAAAAAAUAAUAAUAAUAACUGCUUAUUAUAGGGUCAUUUUUGUGAUAAUUUUUUUUUUUUAAGUUUACUAAUUAAUCAUUAAUUUAUUAAUUAAUCAUUAGUUUACUAAUUACUAAAUUAAUUAAUCAUUAAUUUUAUUGGUUUGGGAAUGUGUUGGUUUAAUCUCUGGAAAUCUGAUGGUUUUUACCCCAACAUAUAAAAAGAGGGGUUAUUGUAGUCCGUAGCAAUUUUAUUUGACAAUUGACGGAUUGGACUUGCGUUACCGGUUAUAGUUUUUUUUUUUUUUUUUCAGGACCGUGGCGUCCAAAGAGGUUGGGGUAUGGAUAUUAGGAAGUGAAACGAUAGGCACACACACAAGGCACCACGUGGGGCCAGAAUUGGGGUUAUCUCACCGUUAUUAGGGCUUUUGUGAUGUGAUUUUGUUGGGAAGGCUCGGAAUGCGUUGGGGUCCUACAGAAACAUAGAGAUUUGGAGCUAUUUAUAGUCUACAUUUUUGUCAUCUUUUGGGAUCUAAAAGCAAGGGAUUAGUGGCAAGUUAUAGGGAAUAUUACAGAGCGCUGUAGUGGUUAUGGUGCCAUGGUGCAACUAAUGUAAGUAGUGAAACUUUUAGCUCUUACCUUGUGUCACGGGUUGAGUGUGUCACCAGACAGUGAGCUAAGCCCUGUACUGCCAGGUUUAACUUAGAGUGGAGAACAUUUCUGUUGUCAGAGAGGCAGUGACUGAUACAAGGCCGUCUUCAGGUAAGAAGUCAAACCGUUGGCAUACGGUUUUACUACUUACAUUGGCUAGGGGAAGGCCGUGACACUCCUGCCAUUGAAACCACUAUAACACGCUGGGAAACAGAAGUAAUCUGCAAAGAUGGUACUGCUUAAAAUGAACUCAAAAUAUAGAGGAUGUGGGAUAUAAGAACGUAAAAGAUAAAGAUCAAUUUGUCCUGAAGGUAAAAUAAAUUGCCUGGUAUGAUUCCAGCACCUGUAAACAUUAUGUAAAAAAUAUUAUGGGUGGUAUUGAACGGGACAUGCAAAUGUCAAGGUCAGAGAAAACAUGCAAAAACCAUAAUUACCAAAAUUAGAUCUCGCCAACUGACUUUUCAUUCACCUCCUCUGUUUUCAGCAUUUUGGACUUUGAACACUAAUCAGAUCUUUCUCUGGCUUAAAUUAUUGCAUUGUCACCUUUAAUGCUCUGUGAUAUUUCUUACAGCACCUCUCUAGACAGAAAAGUGCAAAUAUGUAUUUCUUCUAUAGUGGAUAACCUUUUAUGAUGCUGUAGGUAAAAUCUCCAUUCAUCAACUCUCAAUAGAUGACCUUUUUCCUUCGUACAGUCCUAUUAAUAGACUGGUCACCAGAGAUAGAAUUGUACUGCCCUUCUGUUUGUGUAUGCUGUUAUUAUAUUCCCAGUUCUUUAUAGUGUAAAUAACUUUUUUAACCUUUCUUCAUAACGAACAUUUUUAAUUUCCUUUAUUUUAAAGCCUCACUUUUUUAUUAGUUAAUAAAAAAAAAUUCUGACAUAAAAUUAUGAAAGGAAACAUUGAAGAGCUACAUUGUUAACUGUGUAAACACACAGCAGCUGAUUGCAUUGUGGUGGGUUUUAUAUUGUCAGCUCAGAAUCUGCUUUACAUGACUGGGUGCUCUCUGCUGACUGUAUCCUGUCAGCAUUAUUAUAGGAGCUUCCAGACCUCCCUCGCUUCAUGUAUCCUGGUUGAGGGAUCUUCUUGACACUUUUUAACAACAAAUAAUGCUCGGCUCUUCCUGUUAUUAUAGGCACCUUUGCAACUGUGUUGGUAAAUCUCAUUUUAUUUAUCCUUUAAUAACUGCAUUACAAAGAUUACAUUAUAAGGUAAAAACAAAAGGUCUCACUCAUUCUCUGGAAUGUAGGAUUGUAUUGAGAAUUUGAUUUUUAAUUUUUUUUUUUUUUUUAUUAUUAUUAUUCUGAAAUAAAAGUGAACAUGUCAAUGUCUUACUAUGUUCAUUUUUCAUCUGGCACAGUAGAUCCAUUUUAAUCUCUCCUGAGCAAUUAAGAGGCUAAUUUAAAUGACAAGAUUCUACUCUUAUGGAUUGCUGUAUCCGUUGCAUUCUGUCUCUGUAUGUUAGUGAUUUAGCCCAGUGUUUAAAGUAGAUAAUUGACAGCACAGCUUUGUGGGGAUGAUACCGUUCUCAAUUUGAAACAUAUGGGAGGAGCAAGACUGAGGAAGAAAUCUCUACUGUAUCCUUAUUGCAGAGAUAUUUGCUUACAGUCGAUCACAAAUUUUUAACCGUUCGUCAGGGUUUAAAAAAGGGAUAGGGGAUGCUAAAAAUAAAUUGAUGAAGCCAUUUUAAAUCCCUUUUUUCUCCCACUUGAGACUAACAUUUUUGAUUAGAAGUACUUUUACAUAGCAAACAAUGUUUAAGGAAAAGGCAUAAUACAGGCAGAAAGUACACCUCCCCAUGCAUUAUAUAGAUCAAACAUUUAAAGGUUAUUGCACAAAGAAAUAACAAAAGGAUUGGAAUAUCUGUCAUUCCUCUCCAUGACCAGGUUCUGUUUCUUUACCCUAGUGUCCAGCAUUGCAUUUUGGGACAUGCAGUUUGGUCCCAGGCACUGAUCUUCACAUCACAUAGGGAGAAUGUAACUGUUGAAUAAGCUGCUGAAGAUAUGUUUAUACACAGUCCAGCUCCCAAUUUUGUGAGUCGGCUGUGUGCAGUGAUGUCCACAGCCACCAGCCGCAGAGCAGGAAAAGGAAGAUAUAUCCAUCCUUAUUGUGUAUGACAUCAACACUCACAGCUUGGAUGGCAAAGGAGGAAAAAAUAUUCUUCUCUUAACAUUGUUGCUCUUACAAAUCAUCUCCGUUCUUAACAGGCAAUCAAAUGUUAAUCCACUUGCAAGUAGUAUCAUGGGUGCAUUAUGGCAUCUUUCUACCAUUUAUCCUCUCUCCAAUCCAUCAUGAAUACCUCUGAUAGACUAUUAUACCUAGCUUGAUAUUCAUUAUCUGCUUGUCAGUCUCUCCGUUGUGUUUUUUUGUUUUUUUUUCCGUAUAAUAUUCAAAGCCCACAUUGCCCCCCAGUAUAGCUCUAUUCUUAUCUCCAAAUAUAUUCCCACCCAUCAUCUGCGUUUUGCCCAGUGCUUGCACUUUUCUUAUAUUCUAGCUACGUCUUCCAUGUUGCUCCUGUCCUCUGGAGUUCUUGGGUUUUUACCUCUUUAAAUAUACUCUGAAGGCACACCUGUUAUGAGAAGCCAGCUACCUUCCACCACUUUAAAAAAAAUCCUGUAAACUUACUAUACUAACAAGGCUCUCCAAUCCUUGUCUCACCCAUCACUUUAUGUGAGAGUAUUGCCCUCGACAAGCAAACUUCACUUAUGUUAUUCCUUACCUCUUGUUUCUCACACCUACGGUGUUAUGGUGCUUAGAGUGAUUCUUUAAAUCUGUGGCUUUGAAAUCCAGGAUGGAAAGGACCAAUUUACAAAUGUUAUCCUGUGGACACUUGGUCAUUAAUAGAUUUAUUCACAAAACAUCAAACUGUAGUGGAUUUGCUAAAUAUAGGCAAAAAGGGUGCUGUAACGGAACUCCCUGUACUCCGACUGAGUACCUUCAGUUGAUGGGCGCUUCCUAGCCUGCGCCGAGGAUCACAAGCAUCGCACUGGACACCACAACCACAGCAGACUCCACAACCGUCGUAGCUUAACUGGAGUCUCGCCAUCUUCUGUCUACCCUGGAUCGGCUUCUGUCCUCCAGGACCGUGUGGGGAAGACCUCGCCUCCAGGAGAGCGUAUCAGGAACAAGCUCUUAAAAGAGCUAAGUGAUUAAAGCUCAGGGCAGAAUGCAGAGCAUAGCAAUCCCCAGUGUGAUUAUAGCAGUUCCCUCCAAUAAUGAGACGAGGCUACGUUUUGAAGGGUAAAGAACAACAAUCAAUCAACACAUUACAUCAGAAAUCCUCCCCUCUGCCUGUGAUACAAUUAUCUCAACACAAUAGACUAACUUAAUUAUCACAGGCAGGAAAAUACAGUAAUAUAAAACAUAUCACAGGGACCCCAAAACUUGCAAUAACCCCAUAAAUAUAUCCUCGCAACCGGGGGAUCUGGGUGAACCACAUAUCCAAAAUUCACCCAGGUCCGUUCAGUAGUUUGGAAGAUACGGUUUAAUGCAGAUUCCGCAGAACAUAUACAAGCUAUAUGAAAAAUAAUUACUGUUAAAUGUGUCCCCUGUUCUGUAGUUUAAAACUACUGAACGAUGUCUUUGUGUACCAAAUACCGGCGAGAUGGCACCGUGUAGAAAAGUCAAAACAGUGUCUGUGUGUUAAAAUGGCUGCCAUCCAUUGUUCUCACCAUGUGCUUCAUCCAUUGUUCUCACCAUGUGCCUCUCAUACAUGAAAUAGUGGCCACCCAGUAACUCCACAGUUUGUCUGAUAUUCUAUCCAGUGCAACAAACGAAAGGAAUCAUAAAACAUAUGGACAAUAGUCAUAUUUGUGCACAAUCUCCAGUUUUGUCACAAGGCACAAAUAGUGUUUUCAAAUGCCAUAUAUCCCAGGGCCAUAGUCAUGUGGCAGGAGGCUGGCAAUCAGUCCUCUCCAAUGCCCAGUGGCAAAUGGCAGUUUGUCACAGGUGCCAAUUUAGGACAAAAUUUUAACUCUCAAAUUUUGCAAUUUGCUUUUCAAUUCUGUGCAGUUUGAUGGUUAGUGAAAAGCACCCAUGAAAAAUGUGUAUAAUUGUAGAGCUAUCACACGUGACUUGACAUUGCUAGUAUUUUUAUGUAAUUAUUUGACAAUGUUCUCUUUAAUUGCAGAAUAUGGUAUCAAGUUUUCGAGUAUCAGAACUUCAAGUGCUGUUGGGUUUUGCUGGUCGUAAUAAAAGCGGUCGUAAACAUGAUCUUCUUAUGAGAGCGCUCCAUUUAUUAAAGAAUGGGUGCAGUCCUGCUGUCCAGAUUAAAAUCAAAGAGCUAUAUAGACGGCGGUUUCCCAGAACACUUGAAGGAGUACCUGCAUUACCAUCCCUCAGAUCAAAUGUUUUCAAUUUAGACAGUAACUCUUCUGUGGACUCGGACCUUGCAGUGGCUGGCAUCCAUUCUUUACCUUCCACAUCUAUUGCACCACACUCUCCAGCUUCACCUCUUGGUACUGUACUACUACAAGACACGAAGCCACAGUUUGACAUUCAGCAGCUUUCUCCACCAAUUCCCCCGGUGCAUCCAGAUGUCCAUCUACGAAGUCUUCCUUUUUAUGAUGUCCUUGAUGUCCUCAUCAAGCCAACCAGCCUAGGUAAGAGGUAGAUAGAUCACUUUUGUCAAUUUUAUUUAGUUGUGUCAGAAGGAGGAAUAAGUUUCAAUGUACCUACAUAGGAACUCAGAUCAUCUUAAAAUCCAAACUGUAACCUGUCCAUGUCCGUGGCUAUUCUUUGGCCUUGGAAGUCCCAUGUAUACGGCGUGUCCCUUAGUGAAUCCAUGUAGUCCUUAAACACACUGGACAUUAAUUAAAUUCAAGAUUUUUCCAAUUUUAGUGACAUAAAGUCACAAUUUUUUUAAACCCUUAAGGACCAACGACUUAAUUAUUCCGUCAUGGCAGUCCGUGCCAAGAGGACCCAUGAUGGAAUAAUUCCGUCAUGUGUUAAAAUCAACAUCAGAUCACCACAAUUGCAACGAUCAUGGGGUUAAUGCUAUUGCUGGGUGCCUCAGUGUCCAGAUAAGCAACAGCAAAUGGUUCUGUUUAAAAACAUGUGAUUGUAAAAGGGUUUCAGAAUACCCUUGGGUAUAUAGCCUUAGAUAUUGUAUUUAUAUAAAUAUAUACUUUUGUGUUUUUUUUGUUUUCUGUGAUGGCUAUUAAGCAUACAAGACAAACAUACCAAAUUCUAAAAUUGCUCCACAUUGACAUUUUUUUUUUUAAAUUCCUUGUAUUUUGUGACCUGUAACUACCAAAAACAAACUGAAAUUCUAGGCAUAUCAUGUACUCUGUAAAUCAGGACAAAAAACAUAUUUUGAAAUACUUUUGGUAAUCUGCACUAAUUACGCACACAUUAGUAUUGCCAAACUUGAGAAAGAAAGUUAUUAAUACAGGAGGCAAGUAUUAUGAUUUAACUUUCUUUACAACUCAAAUAGCAGCAAAGAAUACAUUUUUACAGUCCAAAAAAACAUGAGUAUAACGUAGGAGAAACAUGCUGAAUAACAGAUGUAAAGAACCACCAAGCGCAGUCUAUGUAACGUAAAGCUAUAGUAACUCAAUCCUCCUUAUUUGACUGUGAUGAUUAACAAUAUAGUAGAAUGAAGAUGAAUUUGAAGAAAUUAUGAACUGAAUCCAAAUGGUAAUCCGUAGAAAUAAGAAAUUCUCUUGAAGAACUCUUCCUGAAAAGGACAUGUGAGAAGAACAAGAAACUUUGUUACAUAGAUAAUCUCUGUUUAUGCUGAAAGAAAAGAAAAAGUUAACAUAAAUUGAUCAGUAUUAAGAGAAAUGUGGAGGGCAUACAAAAAAUAAAAUAAGUGGUGGGAUAAUACUUGCCCUACUGUCUCAAUACAAUUGUGACUUUACCUCACUGAAGUUAGAAAAAUCAGGAAGUAAGGAGACUCUUAUUAUGCUAUUUGAAAGCUAAAAAACAUUACUUUUAUACAUGCAUUCUAAAAUGAGGUUUAAAGUAUUAGUGUUUAAAAGUGAAUUCCAGAGACCAAUUAGCUGUUUUGAGGAUGUUAUGAAGACUACCUCCUGCUGUCCUGGUGCCCUACACUUACCUGGACCGGUGAUCUGCGGCAAUCCCAGUCAGGGGGGUCUGCCCAAGAGGCCAGCAGUCCCUCUGCAGCAACUCCGGCCCUCCAGAGCCAUGUUGCUAGGAAAGCAUAACAAUUAAACUAUGAACAACUUUCCCUCCCCACACCCUGAUUCCUCUCCUGCAACUGUCAUCAAAACAAAACACUAAGCCCUCAAUGAACACUAUCCUAGAACCUACUUUUCUACCCUACCCUUACCUUUUUGUGUCACAUUACCCCACUCCCUCUAGCAUGUAAGCUCAUUGAGCAGGGCCCUCAACCCGUCUGUUCCUGUGUCCAACUCGUCUGGUUAUAAAUACUUGUCUGUUAGUCCACCAAUUGUACAGCGCUACGAAACAUGUUGGCGCUUUAUAAAUAAUAAUAGUAAUACUUACUAGUCAUUGCUGAUCGAGAUGAAUGAGCUCCAAAAAGAGAGAUGUCAAUGCCUGCAAGAUACAUAACAGAUUUUAACCAUCUAGCAAUAGUGACACUAGAUACUAAAAGGUAAGGUUUAUGUAAAGAAAUAAAAAGUUGACAGCAUUAGGAUUUAUUAAUGACGCUGCUUUCAAUUCGUACAUAUUUCAGCAUUGAACAACAUGUAGCUUAGGAUUUUUGAGGGAAAGCCGGAUGAAAUACUGAAGACUAAUUCGUUUUACUGCGUCUUACCACUUGGAAAUUUACGCUAUCUGGAAAGAAAAUGUUAUGGAUAUCAGGUGCUUUGACAUCUGAUACAUGUUUAAAAGAAAUGAGACACAAUAACUCAAUAAAAAUGUUAAUGAUACAUUUUCAUUAUCUUCCUGAGAAACAAAUACAUUUAGAACCAAGGAAACAUGGGAAUGUUUUAGACAAGGAGGACAUUUCAAGUCAAAACCUCUCAUGAGUUGUCCUCUGGUUGUGUAACUUCCAUUCGCUGACACUGUGUAGAUGUCUGGAAUUCCUAUCCGCUACAACAUUGGACAUUCCUGGUAAGUAUUCCAUGUGUUUCAACCACCAAAUUAUCUCCUCUCUUGCAUCUGUUGAUAAAGGAAUUUUGUCUUGAUAAUCUAGAGGAGCUGGAAAGAUGGCCUGGAUGAAAGCUGCUAAAAACGUCCACAAUUUGUACCAGAAGGCGAAGGCAUACAGUUUCUUUCCUUAAUAGCUGUUCUUCAAAAGACACUGUAAUUUCUUUAGCGAUUGAAUGAGAGACUGUUGAUUACAGUCCAGAACGAAUCCCAGAAAUUUAUUGAUUUGAGAGGGGUUUAAUACCGAUUUUAAAAUUUUAUUUAUUCAACACAGUAGCAUAAACUUUGUAAAAAAAAAAAAAAAAUCAUCCAUAUUUUGUGAAGAUGAGACAUGAUCAGAAUAUUGUCUAGGUAAAUAAUCCUUCGAACUGUCAGACAUAUUAGCUCUGCUUCUGAGGUUUGCAACUAUCGGUUUCAGUAACUUGGUUAAGCAUUGAGGUGCGGAGGAAAGGGUCAAAAGGAAGACAAGUGAACUGCAUUUUCAGUUUUUCCAAGGGAAUUGCAGGAAAGGUUUAUGAUCUGGAUGAAUAGGUACUGUUAAGUAAGUGUCCUUUGAGUCUUUUUUGAUCACCCAAUCUCUGGGUUUCAAGAGAUAUCUCAGACAAUGGAUUCCUUCCAUUUUGAAAUGGUUGUAGCAAAUGUAUUGAUUCUAAUGUUUUAAGUUGAUGACUGUUUGAAGUCCUUCAUCCUUCUUGCGUACAAGGAACAUAUUGCUGUUGUAUCCAGGAAUAUGCAUGGAAACUUCUUGACCCACUCCUUCUUUGAGUAAUAGAUUAAUUUCCUGUUCGACAAGGAUCUUAUCUUGAUGGGAGAAAUGAAAAGGAGGAGGAAUACUCACCCGGAUCAGCCAUUUUUAGAAAUCUGUUGUAAAUACUUUUACUGUGUUGAGAAUCCAUAUAUCCGAAGUUAGAGAGAACAACUGUGGAAAAAAUGGGUGAGUCUGUCACCCAGAUUUAUAUUAAAAAGGAAUAAUACUCUAUAUGAAACUACCAUACGGCGACAAAAUACGCCUCUCAAAGGACAGCACCCACGGUAUAGACAAUAUUGGGAAAUGGCUUGGGCGAAGUUCAUCUAGGAACUUCAACAAUAGCAUUAAAAUAAAAUACUACACACCGAGAUCCGACAGCGGAACCCAUCCAAACCUUACAGUACUAUGUAUGCAUAAUGCAAUGUGUUAUAUAGCAGUAUGGCAUUGUCACAGUUCAAUAGACAGAUCCGGACUCCGACGUAGUCUGGGAAUUUGAGUUAUCCAUAACAUGUACCCACCCCUCCUAACCCUAGUUUCUGGAUAUAUACAUGGUCUAAGUCCAGUGUUUUACUAUAUAUAUAUAUAUAUAUAUAUCUCUAUAUAGUAAAACACUGGACUUAGACCAUGUAUGUAUGUGAAAGAACAGAGAUGCUUAUGCGUUACCCAAAUCCUGUAUGAUAUGUGACGAUUUACGUACAACGUACAUGUGUCUCAUCUUAUUUGUUUCCCAAUGUCUUGUUUCUUUUUUCUGUACAUGAUUGAGUCUAAAUAAAAUGGCAAUUUACAAAAAAAAAAAAAAAAGAAUAAUACUUACCAGAAAAAGUCUUGAUUAAGAAUGUCUAAAACCUCUGGAUCUCCAAGGCCCCCCUUUUUGGGGAAAGAAGGAUGAUUGUUGGGUGUGAUAUGCCUCUGUAAGAGGUAUAGAGGCCUCUAUAAUUUUGUCUCUUCUGAUUGUGACCGGAAGAGUGGCCACUUCUUCUUCCGACCCUAGCAUUUUUAUCAUGGAAAACAUUUUUGAGGUAUAACUGGGCCUUGUCUAGAGACGAGAAAACUCCAACAAAUUUAUUUUUAUAUAUAUAUAUAUAUAUAUAUAUAUAUAUAUAUAUAUAUAUAAUUUUUUUUAUUAUUAUUAUUAUUAUUUUUAUUUUUAUAUAUAUUAUUUUUUUUUUUUUUUUUUUAAUAAACUCCUCACCAAAUGGAAGGUCAUAGAAAUAGGUCAUCUGCAGAAGUGCCAGGUUCUUUUGUGACCAUUUUGAUUGCGAGUCUUGUUUUCAUGACAGCGCGUCUUCUCUAGCUACAUUGGCGUUGCUUAAAAUAUAACACAUUUGUUAUAUCUAUCCCCUCAAAAUAUGGAUAUUUAGCACUUUUCCGGUUUGGAAAACUCUCACAGUUAGGUCAAACCUUUUUACUAAAGGACCAGAUAUAUUCAAUAAUCAGUCUUGACAGCUCUUUACAGAGCAAUCUAUUCCCUUUUGGGAUCUUUACUAGAUUUUUUAAAGAUAUUAGACAAUGAUAGGGUGAUAGGGUCCAAAUCUUGAUUGAAAACAUGCCUUGUUAGUUAAAAAGGGUCUAGGGAAUUUAUUGUGGGUAGCUCUAUUAAGAUAAUGUGUCAUUAAUUUGGAGACUUAGGACUCAAUUAGAUGACUCAGUGUGGAUGUUUAAUAUUAGUAGGAUUGAAAAGAGAGUCAGCCUUUUGCGUCUGUUAUCUCAGCAUCGUUAUUAUCCUCAUUGGAAUCUUGAAAAUGUCAUAAUCUUUAUCUUGUUCAGAGAAUUCAGUCUUCAUAAGCCAUAUCAAUGGCAUCCUCAUUAUCUAAAUCCUCAUCUGGUUUCUGCCUGCGAGAGGUUUUUCCUCCAGAUAAUACAUCCUCCUGGGGUGGGGCUCUUGUGUGUGAUUUAUUAGCACACUUUUUGGGUCUGCUUGAUAAAGGCAAAAUUUUAUCAGUUUCAAAAUCUUGGUCCUUAACCCCUUGAGGACACAUGACGUGUGACAUGUCAUGAUUCCCUUUUAUUCCAGAAGUUUGGUCCUUAAGGGGUUAAAGCUUUUAAGCCUUUUCUCUUGUUUCUUAGAGGAGAAGGGAUCAUCAGAAAUGUGUUUACAUUUUAACAGUAAAUUUGAGAGGAAUGACUGUAGUAUUCAAAUCUUUGUCAGAGAUUAAGGAAUACUACUCUGAGGGAGAAAGAGUUAAAUCCACAUGUAGAGGCUCUUUAGAAUGAAAUAAAGCUAAGGAAAAAGACUAAGUCAAAGACUCCUGCAUGUUAGCCAAUCCUGAUGAAACAACUUGCUGAUCAGAUUCACCAAAUAAACCCUAAAUCUGUAAUUCAGAUAUAUUUUCAAUUACAUCUGCCAGAUCCUCAAUAGAGAAGGACAGGGAACUUUUUGAAGUGAUGACAAAAAUGUUAAAUGUAAAUAAUAUAUUUUUGAAGGGAGAGUUUUUUUUCUCUCUCUCUCUCUUUCGUUUUUGCGCAAAUUCCUUGCUCUUGUGGAUUGUAGGGUGAAAUUUGCGAGCUCUUGUAAUACCACCAAUCAGAAAAGUGCCAUCACUUAUGCAUUGUACAUCGCAAUCGAGAAAUUGGGAGUUCAACAAAAUAGUAAGAGUUUAAAAAUGCUAGAAUAGUAAUUAUAUGAGCGGGUAAAACUUAAGUAAGGUUAAAUACUAAAUCUAAAUUAAAACAAGGUAAAAGGGGGAAAAAAAUUGAAAUGAUAAAACGUAAAUAUGGAAAUAAAAUAAAAGGCAAGAAAAUUAGCAGAAAUAUUGGGACGUAAAACAAUGAAAGUAAAAAGGAAAUAAAAGUUUAAUUAAGAAGGUGAAAAUGGUAAGAAAAAAGGGAAGUGUAAUGAAAUAUAACAGAAGCUAAGAACACAUGAAAGAAAAUUAUUUAAAAUAAUACUAAAUAUAGUUAAAAUAAAUGUACAAAGAAUAAUGAAUAUAAAUAUACACAGUAAAAUAAAUAUAAAUAAUAGUAAAGCACACAUAAAAGACACCAAUAUGGUAUUUGUAAAGUAAUGUGAUUUAACACUCUUCUUAACCACGGAGAAGCAAAUAAAGAGGUCUAGGUUGCUAUGGAUUUAAAAAUAAGAGAACGGAUAACAGCUCAAAUAGCUUGCCUUCGGUGGUCCCUGCUCAGAUCUCAAUCUGGUUUUAGCUCAUCUUGUGCCAUUACAUAAAGAACCAGGGCCAUACGCCAAGCAGUUACCAUAUGUAGACUGUACUCGACUGUGAUUGGUUGCUCCUUAUACCGGUUUCUCCUCUUAUACCAUUUCAAGUUUGUUUGCACUGUAAAAAUAAAAAUCUGUUUGCUGCUGUUUGAGUAGUAAAGAAAGUUAAAGCAUUAUAUCAGCCUCCUGUCUUAGUUAAAUUUCUAGUAUUGUUCAUGCAUCCAUUAAUGGAUUAGGCAAUUCCAUUUAAAGUGAACUGUGUAUAGUUAUUUUUUUGUCCAUUACUAUUAGUGUUUGUUGUUCUUUGAACAGUGCCAUUUUCCCAUUGUAAUAGAAAUAGUUUUGGUUGUCCGUUGACAGAUUGCUUUUGAACAUUCUAUUCUGUGUUCUUUUCACAGUGCAGAAUAAUAUCCAAAGAUUUCAAGAGAAAUAUUUCAUUUUUGCCCUGACUCCUCAGCAGGUUCGAGAAAUCUGCAUCUCCAGGUAAAACAGAUGAAAGCACAUGUGCUUCUCUCUCUUCUCCCUCCUACUGCUUUAUGUGCAUUGAAAGCUUUUGCUCUGGUAACACUGAGUGGCUCUUUGACAUGUUAUUAACAUUUUUCAAACAUAAACAUAAUUCUAAAGAGGCUUCACUUCGCUAACCCUUGCCAACCUUAAUUAUUUAUUUAUCAAAUGCCAACAAUUUCCGCAGCGCUGUACAAUAGGUGGGCUAACAGAAAAGUAUUUGCAACAAGACGAGUUGGAGGCAGUGGGUGUUGAGGGCUCUGCUCAAACGAGAUUAUAUUCUAGGGAAUUAUCGACCACUUCCUCCUCAGACCUUUGGUGCCCAAGUCAUCUGACUUUAAUAGUUAUUCCCUUUAUACUUUCCUCCCUGUCAGUACACCCAUCACCCUGAUAUUAUUAUCGCCAUUUAUAUAGCACCAACAGAUUCCAUAGCGCUUUGCAAUAUUAUGAGCGGGGGGAUUCAACUAUAAAUAGGAUAAUUACAAGAAAACUUACAGGAACGAUAGGUUGAAGAGGACCCUGCUCAAACGAGCUGAUAUCAUCUUGUCGUCCUCCCAGUUGCCUUUAUUCAUCUUGUUUGAUUCAACUUGCUUCUAUUAUUUAAUGCGCUUACACCAUACUUACUAAUCACUGUGAAGUGCUCUGGAUUAGAGUCCUCUGUAAGCAUAUAACAUAAAUAUUUGUAGUGUAUGGGCAGGGCAUGGAGAGAUAUAUCAAGGUGUGCCAUACUAUUUACUUCUGACAAUUAGUGGAAUCUAAGCUAGUGCUAGAGUUUUAUAUUAUAAGAUAUACGUUUUUACUGCUCAUUUGGAUCUUUGGUGAUGUUGGUAAAGUUAAUUGUUUUUCUUUCACUUGUUAGUGCAUGUUAAUAAUUUUAUGAUACAGCACGUUUUUUACUUAUUUUUAAAGCCAUGUACAUGCAUCGUACAGAUAAACUAUCUGUAAAAUAUAUUGCACUGCCAACAGUUCAACACAUAAGUCACAUCUGUUGAGACCUGCUUAUGUUUCUUUGAAUAGAGAUUAUAUGCCUGGGGGAAGGAGAGAUUAUUCGGUCCAAGUUCAGUUAAGGUAAUUUUUCUACUUUAUCAUAAUAAUGUGACUGUGCCGGAGUCUUGUAUGUAUUUAUGCUUUGGUUUAAUACUUUUUGUUUUCCUCCUUUUCAAACUAGAUUAUGUUUAGCAGAAACAAGUUGUCCUCAAGAGGAUAACUAUCCCAGCAGUCUGUGCAUUAAGGUUAACGGAAAGCUGUUUCCAUUACCGGUGAGUCUUGAAGAUCCAUUACUUAAAUAGAUUUUAUAUGGAUUCCGAAAAACUGCCUGUUAACCCUUACAGGACCAUAGUUAUUGGUUAUUAUGAAAUGGCCAAAUACAUUUCUGUUGUGCAUAUUGUUAUUUUUGCGUAAAUGUAAAGACUUUGAGAUUUUUAAAGAGAUUAACUUUUCUGAUUGUUUGGCUGAUUCUGGUGUCAGGACUAGACUUAUAGGUAAGGGACAUACAACAAGUGCUUAAAAUUAACUGACAAUAUUGGGAAAUUAUUGGAUUCAGAAAAUUAUGUAUCUGUCAAGUUCACUAUACUAUCACUUUGCGGAAGUCACUGAAAUAGUUCUUACUUUCUACCCCUGAAGAAUGGAAGACUUUUGAAAUAUUACCGGGUGUUUCUUUAUAUUCAGUCUUUUAGCUAGGUUUUUGGCAUUAUGUAAUUCUAGAUAUAUUUAUUUUGAAAGGGUCAUGUUAAAAUGCUGUUAACCAUGUGAGAUCCAUAAGUUCCAUACUCGACUCUAGAUUCCAUAGCACUGUGUUUACUUAAUACUUUACAUUAUCUUGUGUUUGCUUCAUGAAGUCAGUUGCGUAAUAUAUCCCAAAGUGUGCUGUAAUCUAUUUAUAGACUGCAAAAGAAAUCAUUUCAAAACAUGUUCUUCUAAACUCUCAAUUAAAACAGAAUGCCAGUGUCCAUUAAAUUCCAUGUUAUGUCUGUUUAAAAUGCUUUUACGUUAAAUCUGGCUACGUAAAGAUUUGAUUUUACUGUCAUGUAGUUUGACAUCAGGAGAAUGUUCCACUAGAUUUUGUUGAGCUGCCGAACCAAUAAUUCACUCUGAAAAGAAUGAUUAGAGUCGUAGUCCAACAGCAUCUGUGAGGCUGCAGGUUAUACAGAGCAGUAGUGUUAAAUUAAUCCCUGUAGUAGGAUGUGUCUAUUGGAUCAGAGAUAUUCUGUCAGUUGGCCUGGAAGUAAAUGAACUGCUGUGAAAAGAUUAUCUAAUCAUUUUCCUUUUUUACUGACGAUAGCCGUAAUAAUGAGUGAUUUAUAUCUAACAGAUAAAUUUCACUUACACGAAUUGUGAUUAAUAGAUCUCUUUCAUCAGAAAGAAAUGAUGCCUCAAUCCAUAGGUAAGGUUUAAAAGUACAUACAGUUGGGACACAGAGAGAGGAAAAUGAAAAUAACCACUCACAGAAUAGUGAUUUUCACUCUCCCCUCUGUGUUCCAAUUAUUUGUCUUCUUUUGAAUAAAGGUUAAUUAUCUUUACCAUUGGGUUAAGCUUAAUAAAGAUCCUUGAAGGGAUCGAAACGUUGCUGUAUCUAUGUUUUUCCAAUAAAUCUGCUGAUGUCUGAAGACCCUGAGUGCCUGGACUACUUUGCUGUUACUAAAUGGUACAGUGCACUGAGGUCUACAGAUGAUGAGAGUGCGGAUCCCUCCUUUUUUUUUUUUUUUUUUUGCCAUUGGUUUAAGGCAUCCUUUCUUUCUGAUGGAUGAGAUCCAGCAAUCCAUUCAAGUACAGUGUCCUUUUGCAGUUGCAGAACCUGCAUGCCUCUCUUAGGAUACAGAUAUACUUUGCUGUGCAAUAGGUUUUAGUGAGGCUUUUUGGUUUUUUCAGUAAUGCAUACUUUUUUUUUUCCCUUUAAAUUUCUCUUACACCAAUAUUGUCUAAAGCAUUUUCAUUUUGAAGUAGUCUUUGAUCUAACAUUAUACGCAGUAUAACUUAACUCCUUUUUACAUAGCCCUUGAUGACGGCUCAUGCUGAUGGUCAUAAUAUAAAAUCCUAAUUAGUUUCUAUAAGGCUAGUCAGUUGUAAAUUAAUAUUGCAUGUCUUGAUGAUCAUUUGAUUCCAAGAACCGUGUCCUACUAUUGCCAUGUUAAAUAGUCUUUCUUUAUAGGGAUGUGCUCCACCACCAAAAAAUGGUGUUGAACAGAAACGGCCUGGGCGUCCUCUCAACAUUACAUCAUUAGUUCGCCUGUCAUCGGCAGUGCCGAACCAGGUUUCAAUUUCGUGGGCUUCAGAAAUCGGAAAGGUGGGUGAGUUACAAGAGAUAUUCCUUUCUGACUUUAGGAAUUUUAUGAUGUUAUAAUAAUAAAAAAGUAAUAACAUUCUUUUUGCAAUAAAUUGCUUAAAGUGUUUCUCUUAUUUUGUAUAAUACAAUGGUACUUUGGCAGUUUUUGUUUUCUUCUACAAUGAGAUUUGAGCAACUGUAUAGCUUAAAGUUUUUAAAUUUUAGCCUAACCUUGGGCAUAAUAGUUAAGUGCUCGGCCUAACCUUUAGCUCAGUGCUCGGCCUAACCUUUAGCUCAGUGCUCGGCCUAACCUUUAGCUCAGUGCUCGGCCUAACCUUUAGCUCAGUGCUCGGCUUAACCUUUAGCUCAGUGUGUAUUAAGAUAACUGAUUCAAGUGAUCACUGAAUCAACACCUUAUGUCAGAAAGCGAUUUUACAUUGAUUUAGCUUUGCCGCUGACGCAGUACAAAAUAUUAUCGCUGACUGGACUUACUAUGUUUGCGUUUCUAUGACAAAUGUGCCAUUCCUUAUAGGUUUUAAUCUUUCUACUAGUUUGGCCAUAAUCUGACAGUACACCUGAAUAAUAGUGAAAGAUUUGCAGUGCAUUUAUUGAUACUCAUAUGUAACCUAAUACUCUGCUUGCUUUGCAUAUAGAAUUACUCCAUGGCCGUGCAUCUCGUCAGACAGCUGACGUCCGCAGUGUUGUUACAAAAGUUGAAGAUGAAAGGCAUUAGGAACCCAGACCAUUCCAGAGCUCUGAGUAAGUACUUUGAACAGGCUACAUGAUUAACAUCGUUUUAAGCACUUGUGCCAUAAGCUCAAGGUUUAAGUUUACAGAGUUCAUAGCCACCUGUGCUUGUAUUAAAUCAUGGUGCAUGCAGUUCCCUGUCUGCCUCUCUAUUCAUUAUAGCUGCAGUUAUAAUCCCACCUCUCUCGCUAUGUGUUCUGGGGGGAUUAUACCGUUGUUCAUGUCUCAUGGUACUUUUGCAAGCUCUCUUUUUCUGUGAAAGAUCCUGUAUAGUAGCCAUUGGAUAUAUGCGACCACACACAUCUUGUUUGACAGCGUAAAUUGAGCUAUUAAACAAACAGGUCAAAGUUUUUCAGGGCAGUCUUUACAAGUAGUUUUAUUCAUGCCUUUUCGUAAAUUAAACUGCUUUUGAUUGCUGGAUUUCUUAUGCCAUAAACUUAUUCUGUGUUUUUUUUUUUUGGAUGUGGUAUUUAUUUAUAUCUUUUGAGAUAUAUUACUUGCCAUGUUUUCCUAUGUAUAUAUUUUAAUAAAUUGGAAUCGCAGAUCUUUAGUCAAAUUAGUUCUUCUAACAGUCAAGGGACAGUUAGAGGGGGGGGGAAAGAAGGGCAGCUGAGCUUUAAGCAUUGGUUUUUGCAACCUUGUAGAGUGAUUAUUUUCUCAUAAAUAUUAAAAUGCUAUUAUGUCUAAUAAUCUUAAUCAACAAAAGUGAUUUCAGCUGGGUGAUUUUCGCAGGGGUUCCCAUUAAUAAAUAAUAGGCUUAUUUUCAAGUUUUCUGAUGAAAUACUUCUUUGUAGAGCAAAUCCAUGUUUCUUUAUUUUGGAGGAUUGAAUCCUUGUAUUGUGCUUUCUCUCAGUUAAAGAGAAACUCACAGCAGAUCCUGACAGUGAAAUUGCCACCACAAGUCUGCGGGUUUCAUUGAUGUGCCCUGUAAGUAGAGCUCCAUAGUGAGUAAGUUUUUUUAGAUUUUUAUAUACCCUUUUUAUGUAACAUUUAAGCCCUCUGUAGUGGUUAUGAUGCCAUUAGUGCCCCGGCGCCCUCUGAGAGUCAAACUAUUUUGGAAGAGUUUGAUAUCUUACCGGAGUGCCACUUCUAGCCUUUUCCUACUGGAGAAGCUGGAUGACUUCAGUGAGCUAAGUAGGUCUGCUAUAGAGCCACUCUCCUUGGCUGAGAGCAUCAGCUGUGUAUGGCCCUACAUUGCCUUCCUUAGCUCAGUGGAGCUGGAUGGAUUCUCCUGCAAAGUGUAACCGGAAGCAGGGUUGCAGCCAUAGGCACCCGAUGGAACCCAGAUAAAUUUUAAAAUUCUUGAUAAAUCACUCUGAGAAGGCGCCAGGGCAUUCCUGUCACCAUGACUAUUACAGUGAGCUGUAGUUGGUAUGGUGUUUGAAGUGUUCCUUAAAACCUUGUCCUACCUCUCAAUGUGAAUGCAUUAAACUGGAAUUAGGAGUAAAUUAUAUAACCUGGGCUUUUGAUUUCCAGCACCAGAUUGGGAUAACUGCAAACAGGUUAGUGCUGACUCAGUGGCUUGAAGGGUAUGUCAGAGACCCACUUAAGAUUACUCAGGACAGUGGCGUUUUUUUUUAUUAUUUUGGUUUUGUUAAAAAAACACUAUAAGGAAUUAUUGGAAGAAUGCACAAAAGCUUAAUAGUUUGCUCUUCAGUCAGGCCUUGCUCAUGUCUCAAAAAAAUGUAUCUGACUUGUGCCCUCGUGGGUGGGAUCAUUUGCCUAUCAAACUAAUCCCACCCAAGAGGGCAGUCCAGAAUUAAAAUGCUAGACCAGUCCCCUCAGAAAUGAGUUUCUCCUUGUUGGGCUUCAUAAGUAAGGUUUCGCGCAUGGAUUGUGUUGUAGAUUUAUGUAGACCAUUUUAAAAUAAACUAAAAGAAAAUGAGAGAAGAAAAAAUCUUAACUUACCAUUUGUUGAGAUCCAGCUUUGUUUCUUUAGAAAGAACAAAUCUGUUUGAAUCCUGUACUGAACUUUUCUUUUCAUUUUCUUGUCAACUGAAUAUGUUAAGUCAGGGCUUGUGGCUGAAUGUUCCCCCAAGUUUUUGAAUACAUUUUUUUUUUAUUACAUAAUAUGGCAUGAGACACUGAGUAUUGAGGGGCUUAGUUUAGAUAAUUUAGAAAUGACAUUUAGUGGUCAUGGGCCUGAGCUUUUGGUGCAAUAACACCACAGAUUUUUAACAAUAGUUUGACAGAUAAUGAGGAUGACACCUCUCAAAGACUCGUAGUACCCAUACCACAAGAGCUGUAAUGGCUAAUACUUUGUUUCUCUUUAAUAAUAAAUCAUUCUGGGUUGUCAUGUAUUUCUUACUAAAAAAUAUGACAGAGCCACUACUGAAAAUAUGUGAAUUUAAUGUGAACUCAUUUCAUAAUGGAUGGUGGAAGAUGGCUGCUUGAAUACUGCAUACUGAGCAAUGACUGUAACUGUGACCAGCAUCCAAGAAUCCAAAUUCCUUAUUAAAGGAUACUUCAGACUCCCAAAGUACUUCAGUUUCCUGAAGUGCUUUAGGGAUAACUACAUGUCAACCAUGUCCCAAUUCAUAAAGUGUCAAUACAUUUUUAAACAUAUAUUUUUUUUUAUUUUUUUUUAAAUCCGCUCUUUUUUGAAUGAAUUUAAGAAAUCCCCUGCAGUUAGGGUGACGGCCAAGAUUGCUUCCUGAUUCACGCUGCUUUACUAUAAGAAGCAUUCUCCUGGGUUAUCGGCACAUUUGGUGCCUUUGUGGCAAUUGCUGCACAUGCUCUGAUUUUAUCCAUACAGGAAAAGAGAUUGUCAUCACAGUCUCAUGCGGGAAAAGAGCCAAGCAGCAGUUAUUUUUUUGGUGCAUGGGGGUGUAUGGCAUUUAUAUGGUUAAACGAAUACUCUGAAAGUUGAAACCAAAAAUCAUUUUAAUGUUGUAUCAUUUAACAGUCCUGUCUACAGCUAUUUUUUUGUACAGAAUCCAUUUGCUAUUGUAUUUUGUUAUGCCAUUGUGCUUUUCUAAUUUGUCAGCCCAGUUAUUUAAAGAGAAAGUAGAAUAUUGUUUUAUGUCACGAUAACCCUGAGUAGUGAAGCACAAAGACAGGAUUCUCAUUAAAUAUUGAGCAUGAUAAACCUUCUAUGAAAAAUCUUUACCAUAAUAAAGAUUUCUGAAAAUAACACUAUUGUCUCCAGCUGGGAAAGAUGCGACUGACAAUCCCGUGCCGGGCUGUCACCUGCACUCACCUGCAAUGCUUCGAUGCUGCUCUCUAUUUGCAAAUGAACGAGAAAAAACCAACAUGGAUCUGUCCUGUGUGUGACAAGAAGGCUGCAUAUGAAAGUCUGAUUUUAGAUGGGUAAGUAAGGAAAGAGGUUUACCUCUGUUCUCCAAAAUAAAAUAAAGUGCAUAGAACUCAACCUACAUGUGGGAAAAAUAUACCUUAUUUCUGUCAGUGCAAGUUAUAAAGUCUUUCUCAGGGAUUCACUGUCUAGUCAUCCUCAGUCAACCACCAAACUACUGGUCAUUACAAUCUACAAAAAAACUCCAGGAUGAAGACCAUCACAUUUUAUUUUAAUUGAAUAUGUAAUAAAAUUUUACACCUACAGAAAACACAAUUUAAAUGGCAGAGGGCCUUCCACUGUGUUUAGAAUAUCAUAUGUGCUUCCUGCUUGUAGUAUUUUCCAUACCACCUAGCUAAAAUCCAUCUUUAUGUGGUUUAUUUAAGAGUAUCAUAAUAAGUAAUACAGUAGUGUAAUUAUGUAAAAAAGAGCCCUGCAUGCUGCAGUUCUUAUAGUAAUCUUGUUUGAAAUGAAUGUUUGUAUGUUCACAGGCUUUUUAUGGAAAUACUCAACCAGUGUUCAGAUGCAGACGAGAUCCAGUUCCAAGAGGAUGGAUCAUGGUGCCCAAUGAGGCCAAAAAAGGAACCACUAUCUACACCAAACUCACAGUACACCCACAUUGAAGGUAUGUUCAUAAAAACAGUGUUAAAUUAACAUUAGACAUUUAACAGUUGUGUUUAAAGGAACACUAUAGUCACCCAGACCACUUCAUCUAAUUGAAGUAGUCAGAGUGGUGUCCCUGUUUCCUUAACCCUGCAAUGUGAAAUGUUGUAGUUUUUAGAGAAACCACAACGUUUACACUGCAGUGUUAAGGACUGCCUCUUGUGACUGCCUACGAGACCGUAAUUGGAGACACCACCUACAGUUUCACAGCAUUUGACUAUGUGAAACAACGCUGGACAUCCUUACAUUCUGCAUGAGGAUGUCUAGUGUGUUGAAAAGCCCUAUAGGAUUAGGUUCCCGGAUCACGCUGAGGUUGGCGGUAGAGGAACCUGAUUCAGCCCUGGAAUCAGGUAAAGGUUUAAAUGUUUUUUUAACCCUUUACAUGGCCAGGGGGCAAAGGGACACUAGUAUGAGGAUUAUAGUACCUAACACUAUAUUGUUCCUCCUUUUAUUAUAAAUAUUUUAGUUUGUAAGCUUUAUGGCAAUUUUCUGUCUGCAUACAUUUUAUUAUAAUAUAUGCAAACCCUACUUCUAUGCGGAGUGUAGAUUAUACAUGCAGAAACAAAUUUCUGAAAUGUUAAGGAUUUGAACUAGUGAUUAAAGUCAAUAUUAGUAGAUGCACAGAAUAUGCUUCAAACAGAGUUGGAAAAGACUAAUAUGGUGGAGGACUUCAAGUCUGGGAUUGAUUGAUGCUUUGCUAUCCUGAGCGAACAACAAAGUAAAGUAUAUAUCAUCUGAUUUAUUUAUCUAGGGAAUGGACAGGCCAGAUGGACCAAUUGUCUGUCUGCCAUCAAAGUAUGUUUCUACAGAAUGUUCAACCACCUCUUAAUGUAAUUUAGCUUUCAUUGAAUGCAAAAAAAAAUUGGAAUAGGCCAAAGUUCUACUUUUCACGUUUGCAAUUAUAUAUAUAUAUUUUUUUUGUGCAUUAGUACUCAAGAACAAUUCUCUACCUCUCUCCACUUUUUUGCUUUCACCAUGUUGUCUAGAAUUUCUUCUAUUAAAGUCAAUAAAUAAAAAAUAAAAAUAUAUAUAUAUAUAUAUCCUUUCUCCAGGCUCGGGUGCAAUAAGCAAAAUGUUCUCUGUAAUGGAUGCCAGAGAAACUACCAAACAGAAAAAGGCAGAAGUCAUAGACCUGACAUUUGAAAGUUCAUCUGAUGAAGAGGAAGAGCCAGCCUCUAAAAGGAAAUGUGUAUACAUCCCAGAAACACAAGGGAACACCAUUAAAGGGUCAGCUAUUUAAUGCUACCAUCCCUGUGUGUCUUCUUGAGUUAUUUCCUGAGUUUAAUAUACAUGGUCACACUUUGCUGUUGUUAUGGGUUGUUAUCUGUAUGGUUAGCCCUACUAAGUUCUAUGCUUUAAGACAUUAUAGUGGUAAAUAAGGGAACCACCUGCGGUUACACUGUGACUAUUUAAUUAAUUCACUAGCCAAGGCAUUACUUGGGCCUUUGCAAUGAUACCCAGUUUAGUGUACCUGAAAUUUAGGUGCCAGUAAAGCAAAAGAGAGAUUAACUUGCAAGGUGGAGAGAAGUCCUCAAGUCAUCUCUGCCUUUAAUGAGUGUAGCAGAUAAUAUAUAUUUACCAGAUAUAUAUUCUGAAAUAAUGCAUUUAGGAAUUUUAACCGUAAAUGGCAAACCUAAUUAUAUGCAUAAACUUGGGUAGGAGAGCAGGGCAGGAUUGGGGAUUAAAACCAGCCUUUGAAAUAAUUCAAUAACAGCCCUUUUCCUCCCCAUAUAAGAGAGGUAAAAAAAAUAAACAUUUGGCACUCAGGUUCCUCUCCUUUGCAAAAAACCUUAAAAGGUAAGAAUAGAUACUCAAAAAUUAAAUGCUCAGAAUAGGUUUUAUUUUAAAAUAAUAUAUAUACGAUAUAGCCAGUAAUUAUUUUGAUCAGUGAAACAAUUUGUAUCGGGUAAAAGGAAAAAAAUAUUUUUUUAUAUAUAUAUACACAACAGGGAGAUAGUGAACAUCAUUCCAAACCCCAUAGAAAACUGGAGAAAUAAUGUAUUCUGACCCAGUAACAGAAAACCAUCCCUUAGAUAUGUACAAGACAACAAAUGCAGUUUGUGAGUCCUUAUCGGAGUUGAUCCACUAGAGAUUUGCUUUAUGUUCAAUAUAAGUAAAAACAAAAAGAGUGUUUGCUGCAUUUAUUUACUUCUAAAACACUAAAAUCCAUAAUCAUUUUUCUUUUUCCAACAGGGUAGUUACAUACCAGCCAUCUACCAUCAGGGUGUCCAAAGCCCCCCCCUUGGAGCCACACUCCAUACAUCCUUCUGCAGUAGACUAUCCAGAGCAUUUCCAUCAUUCGGCUAUUGCUGGCAUUUCCACAGAUCUUCCAGGUGCGUAAUAUUACCAUCUGUUUUUUUUUUUUUUUUUGGGAUGCUGCCCCAAUUUGUGCACUUUUUCAAAAUAUACUUUCCAUUUCCCGAUAAGUGCAUGCUGUGCCAGCAUGUUAUAACCCAAUUUAAGUGAGACACUCUUUCUCUGUCAAGGUUGGUGCUGACUUGAUUUAUAAGCAUUAAUAAAGAUUAUUAAUGUCUACAGGUUUGGAUUUCUUGUCUCUUGUUCCAGCUGAUUCCCAGGUAAGUACAGAUUUUGGCUGCGUGCGGUAACAGCACAUAUUCACUAUCUCAGCCUGUACAGAUGUUCCUAACUUCUCUAUAGGGAUGUAUGUAUAAGGGAGAGUGAAAUCGUCACUAUAGUUUAGUAACGAAAAUCUUUAGUGCAUCAAAAAUCCCUUGGUUUAACCAUAUGCAUUGUGGGGAACCAUGUGUAUUGCUACAAUUACAUAUUAGUAAUGCCACAUAUAGAAACUUUUUAAAAAAAAGGUAACUUUAUUAUGAAUGAAUUCACAAUUACUAUAUUUUCACUAGCAUAAUGCUGAAAAAAAUAGUGGCAUGUAAACAUGCAGUCCUAUGCCUUAUUUAUUUAUAUUUUUGUAAAAAGGCGGGAUUUAUUGGCUACGGGCUUUGCAAAUUUUGCAACAAGCCAAAAAUAAUAAAAUGGACAAUUUUUAACUGACAGCUAUUUUUUGGUUGUAGAAUCCCUGACUAAUAAUGAAAACUGACCUUAAUCUGAUGUUUAUAAACCUUUUAUACUGGCUGAGUCUAAUGGAAAAUCAGACAUCAACACCACCGAGGCUAGCCAUCAAUGCUUUUAAGAGAAGCCUUGGCGUGAUGGUGAUGCAAUAGACAAGUACAGUAUAUGUGACCAUCAUCGUCAGUAGUAUGGAGUUGGUCCUAUCUUGUUGGAUUGGAUUUAAUUCAGCUACAAAUGCAGUUAGAAUUCUCAGGCAAACCUUGAGACUUAGAAUUGUCCAUCAGACUGCCAUAUGGUGAAACAUGAUUCUUUUCUCCAGAGGGUUGUUUUUUCAAUUCCCUCAUGGGUUACACCACUGUCACAGAUCCUUGGCCCAAGAAACAAGUAUAGAACUGAUAUUGCUGUCAUAGACCGUAUGCAGUUUGAUGAGUUGUAUCUGAGGACAGAUAUGUUGUGCAUUCAUUUUAUAUAUGCAGUUAACAAAAAUACUUCCACAAAAUAUACUAAUGUAGCUGCUACUCAGAAAAAACAAGGUAACCCUCCAAGCAAGAAUACUUCUGCAUAACUAAUAUACACAUUCAAUAAUACUGCACUCCCUCAGUGUUUUCAGUGUUUCAGAAGCCCUAGCUCCCAGGAAGUAAACCUAGAUUUUACUAUGUAAUUAAGUCUAUGCAUACAAGAGUAUUUUAAACACGACUCCUAUUUUGUAAAGUCAGUAUUGUGCUGUAAAUAUAUGUUUCAUUUGGAAUAUUUGAGGGAAGGGGAAAUUUAAGUAAUGUUUAACUGCUGUUGCCUAGUUUUACCAGAGUAAUUCAGGUUUAGCUUGUUGAAUUUUUAUUUCAAGCAGUACUAUCCCCCUAUGUUUUUGGAUAGUCUCAACUCGGCAAUUCCAGCCAACCACAUUCAUGGCAAAAACAAAACCUGGAGCAGCCACCUUGAAAGCCGUACUAGUGAUGUUCUAGCUGCAAGUGAGACGACCUAUUAUAGGAGCCAGAUGUCACCCAGAGAAGUCCAGUGCACUCCGAUGCCUCCAAAUUCAUGAAGAAUAAUAAUAAAAAAAAAAAAAAGUUUCUAUUUAUUUUUAUCCCAGAUGUACAGGAAAUACAGAUCUAUAUAUUCUUUGGGGUUCUGGUCUGAGCACACAAAUUGUCAUUAGAGCUAGGUCUCAGUACCUGCUGACUCGGCAUUUAUUUAUUUUUUUUGUUUGUCCUGCGAGUUGCACAUGUUCAGUUUGUGUAAAUAGGUUUGCACUAUACAGAAAAUGUAAAUAUGUAUUUUUAUAAAUAAAAAGAAAACAUCCUUAAAAUGUCCAGUGUGUAUUAUGUGUUGUUAAACAAAGGGAGACAAUGCAUGGCAAUGAAUACGUGGUGUAGCUAUGGAGUGUAGGACAUAUGUGUUUUUGUUUUAUGUCAACGCAUUUUGCAAACUCAAUAUGAAUGUAAACUUGUGGGUGACAAGAUCCUUGUCAUGUAAGUUAUACUAUUUAAACUAUGCAGAAUAAAUUCUGGGUAACCCAGGUGCUCUGAAA